AUUUAAUAUAAUUAUGUUGACAAAUUACUUAAAAGAGAUCCCUCGUAGGACCAAUUCUCUCGUCCUUCAUCCUCAUAUUAAGGCCUUUAUCGGAUACAACUUCGUUGCUUAUGGGUUGUACAAGAUGACUUCAGGUCCUACAAAGAAUAACUUCAGGAAAAGAUUAACUAUAGAGCCAGGAAGUGGGCUUAUCUCUCCAGUGACAGCUCAUUUCUUCCCAACUGAUUUCUUCAAUAUGCUAACCACUUCAGCAUUGUUGUAUACUGUAGGAAAUAGGCAUAUCUGGAAAUAUGGUGCCAAUCAUUUCUGGAAAAUAGCUAUUAUUGGAGCUAUUGGAGGAACUCUAUUGGCUAAAAGCGCAAGUAAUAGUGAAUACAGCGGAGCAUUAGCAAGUACAUCAGCUUUGGUAUUUUAUAAUGCAGUAAGAAAUCCAUCUUGGUUCUGGCUCGGAACCUUCCCAACCCUGGUUGCUCUAAUGGCUUAUUCUGUAUACUAUAAUGACAGAGCAUUCGGAGGAGGAGCAUUUGCAGGCUAUAUUGCAUUCUUGUUCGCUUUGUAACCCAUUUAACCUCA